AUGUAUAAGAAAAAUGGCAUUAGAGUGUCUGUAUUAUCUCCUCCACUAACUAGAGCAAGAUCUCAGUCAUUAUAUAGUUAUGCUAAUAAAAAGCAAUGCUCGAUAUACAAAUUCAACUGCUUGUAUAAAAAACAUUUGUUUCAGAGAAGGAAGACAUGGAGAGAUGGGUUGUGUGUCGUUGAGAAAACUUUAGGGUUCCUUGUUGUGAAACUAUAUGAAAUGGAUGCUUAUGGCCAAUAUUGUGAUGCUUAUAUCGAUAAAAUUAAAAUUCCAAUACAAUCUUUGAACAAAAUUACUGGAAAAAUGUUUGAAAUGAGAGAGCAUUUAGUAGAAUUGUCAAGUAUUCACGUAAACACCAAUAAAUCCAUUAAUCAACAACUACCAGUUUUGCCUAUAAAAAGAAGAAUUUCUCUUCGUAACACAUCAAAAAAUCCACUAAAAAACAAACCAACAAUAAUAACUGAAAAGAUUGGGAUUGAUGAAUAUAUUAAACUCGCAUCAAAUGUCACAGUUAAUACGCAACAUGUGAAUUCACAAAUAGACAUCGAUUCUACUUCCAAACAUACAAUAAAUAACAGUUUUCGACGAGAUCCCAUUGAUACUGUGCAUCAAGAUGGCAUUAUAUAUGAGAGCGAAAUAAUUUGCUAUGAUUGUGUACUUAGAUCAAACACUUCGUAUGACACUGCAAAUAAAUGCAUAAGGGGGAUUUCCCCUUAUAGAUGCAAUAAAUUAAAUGAACACAGUUCUCCAGUCUCAAAUGGUAUCAAAUCUAAAUCGAUUACAUCAGAUCUACGCAAACGAAUAACCACAAUUACAACUGAUGAUCCUGGUAACAAUAACUUAUUUGGACUGGCAAAUAUUGUUAAACCGAUGGAUAAAGAAUCAAAAAAAUCAAUUUAUGAGCUUUACACCGGGAGAACAUCAUUCAAAUCGUCAGACAACUCUUCUAAAUCAUCAAAAGAUAGUUCUAAUGAAAAUAAUUUCCGUGAAAUGAGUGAGGAUUUGAUGGAACAAAUAUCCAUAUUAAUAACUAAAAUGAAUAAUGCGAGAUGUGAAUUUACUCAGGCUUACAGAAAUAAUCUCUUAUAUCAAGCUAGAGCUACAACUAAUGCAGCCAUAUUGAAAUUGAAGGAGUGCAUUAGAGUUAUUCAAGUUGAAUAA